UGUUCAUUCUCGAGAUAUGUCCACAACCAAAUUUCAUCAAAGUUCAUUGCUGCGCAAGGACAAUCUGUGACCAUGUCUUCGGCAAAGCCUUGGCAAGAAGAGUAUUUAUUUAGUGCGAAUCCCGAUCCUGAUCCUGAGGAUGAAGACAUCGGAAAUGACCGGGAAUUCUUCAACGCCUCGAAGCACGACUUGGAAAGGGAGGAGAAUUUAGCAGAAGAGCCAAGUAGAUUGCUCAUCAAAAACGCAGUGCUACCGUCAGUCAAGCGUGGCCAAUAUGCAGGGAAGCUGUCUUCUCGCAGCAAGCUGCAAGAGGAUAGCAGUGCUGAUGAAGAAGAUGAGAGUGAUGUGGAUGAUUUUGACGGUGAAGAGUCUGAUGACAUCGACAUGAGUGACGUUGGUAGCAGCGAUAAAAGUGAAGACUUGGGAGAUGAUGACGACGAAUAUGAGGAGGAGGAGGAGGAGGAUAGUGAUGAGGACGAAGUUGAUAGUGACGAAAGUGACGGUGACGAGAAAUCCAUGUCAUCCAAGAAACAGAGGUCUUCUGAUGCUCCUUUUGCGAGUGAUGGUGUCCAGUCUGUGACAGUAGAGUCGGCCAGUGAUGAUGCCAACAAAGGAAAGGCUAUUCAGGUUCAAGUGGGGUUGUGGGAAUCUCUGCUGGAAGUGCGCAUUCAGCUGCAACCCAUCCUCCUAGCAAGCAACAGGCUACCAACGCAUCGCAAGAUGCCUACAUUCUGUCAGAACGCCGAGGACAAGAGUCGUGUCGGUGCUGCCAAGGCUGGUGUUCGUGAAAUGCUAUCAUCAAUGAUCAGCUUGCAGCACCAGCUGCUGGACAAGAACAGUGAGACGAGGCAUUUGGCAGCAAUAGCCACGACGGCUGCAUCCAGUGCCAGUAGCCGCCGCACAGCUCUGAAAAGAGACCCACAACCAAGUGUAGUGGACAGCGAUGAAGAAAUUGACAGUGAUCUUGCAUCUGGCGAUGAUGAGGACGGGCUGGAUGAUGCUGACGGUGGUAAUGACGACAUGAUGCAGAUGUUGGAGAAAGGCAAGAUCGGCGGCGACGGCAGUGACAGUGAGGAUGAACAGGAUGAGGACACUGGUGACCUGGGCAGUGAUGAUGGUGAUGUGCCCAGUCAUGGCGCCAAGAAGCGGAGGAAAUCGCAGAAAAGCCAGACGUUGAAGACAUCUGAUGAGUUUGAGGCUGUACUGAGUGACUUUCAUCACGGCUUUGAAACGUAUCGUAACAAAGUAGUGACCAAAUGGAGUGACAGAACACGUCUUGGCUCUGGCAAGCUGACAACGAAGUCGUUCAAGUCCAGUGAUACAUCGGUUGUUAACGCAAUUAAUCAGGUCCUUAUGGAUCCAGAUCGUCUGCUGAAGCGAACACAAUUGAAUCGAUCCAAUCAGCUUCCGAUCGGUGAAGACCAGCAGCCUGCGGAAACGAACAGUGAGGGGAGUACGCGAGACUCGCAUCUCAAGUCGCUCAAUCCGGAAAUCUUUGAUGACGAGGACUUCUAUCACCAGAUGUUGAAAGAGUUUAUUGAAGGUCAAGCUCGGGUGAAGGAUGCGAAUGAUUCUGUGGCAAUGGGAAGACAAUGGCUGCAGAUUCAAAAACUGCGACGGAAGGUCAAGAAGCAGGUGGACACUAAAGCCAGCAAGGGCCGUAAAAUCAGAUAUGAUAUUCAUCCAAAGCUGGUCAGUUUUGAUGCACCUGUGCCGUUGCUAUCAGUGGACGAUGGUGAACGAGAUGGUACGCUGGCAGUCAUUUUCGGCAAGCGCCGCCACACAGGCUAAGCAGCUUUGAAUAAUAUGCCUAUGCGUGUGUUGUGCCGUUGCUGUCCAUUGUUCUGCUGCUUGCUGAGCAAUGUCCAAUGCAGUCGUGUCAACAUAUUUCUAGAGUGCCACCCAAUGGUCUAUUUAAACUUUCGAAGAGAGAAAGCUAGACUUUCACUGGCUUUGCCAUGCGUGCAGCUGCUGGUUCAGCUGUGCUUCAAAGGUGAAGUGUUCUGUCUCGUCCCGUACAGUCCGUGCUAUUUGUGCCUUUAAAGAAAGGAAGAACUUUGAUUGAUCAGUGGGUGCACAAUAUAUCAUUUGAUUGCUAGUGGUGCCAGUGACUGAGAAAAGCAUUGAAACGUAACCAGUAGAUAAGCAACCAGCAGAUAAGCAACCAGCAUCAGCCUUUAUGUUUCCACUAUCAAUGUGGUCUUGCUUGGGUUUGCUUGAUUUCGUACUUCUCCGUUUUAAUUCAGUGGCCACGAAUCUUUUUUUUCCCUGUCUGGGGCGCAACAGGAGAAUCUCUGAUGCACCUCUCUGUGCAUAUGAUACUCUUUUAAAACCAA